GUCUCCUAGUGCAGCUCGCUGGCCGACUGCAGGUCCGUUGUGGAGAGCCCUUAUCAACGGGAUCCGAAUCCGCAGGAACUACCUUACCCUGUGUGCUCCGCGUCUAAUGGCCACCUCGCUGAGCCAGUGAAGGUCUAGAACAGAGGCCUUCCGUGUGUGACACCCAGCGCAAGGCGGGACUUCCGGCGUCCUCCUCCGGGCGGUCAUUUUGGCUUCUCCCCUGUGUUCAUCUGGGCAGAAGUUCCGGAGCGCUGGGUCUGCACUGAGGUGGCUUGCGGGAGAAGGACUCAGAGGAGUCGUUGACCACACAGAGGCAGGUCUGAGGCUCGGCGACGCCGCCCGGGGUGCCCUGCACCAGGGCCGGUCUGAGAAACCCCUGCCCGCUCCCGGCCCCGCUCCGCCCACAGGGCCGGAUGGCGGCAGCCACGCUGAGGGACUCGGCUCAGAUACAAGCAGUGGAUUCAGUACCCUCUCAGCAGUAAACUCUCUUUUUGUGAAGCCAGAGCCAUAUACACCAUCCUGAUCCUGAAGCCUGCAGAGCGGUAACAACUGCAUUGCCCAGAGGACCCCGUGCCAAGUGACGCCAUCGUGGAGCCAAUGAAGGUCCAGGAGACGGGCGUUUCUGUGUGUGCCAUCACAUCAGAGUGGGACUUCCAGGGUCCUCGUGGCAGUUGUUUUGGCAGCUCUGGGGUCCAUUUCCUGUUUGGAGGUUCCAGAGCACAGGGUCAGGACGAGGCAAGGACUGGUGCCGCUGGAGAGGAGGCAUCCCUGCAGCACUGGGCUGCUCCUGGCCCCGCUCCACCCACCAAGUCUGAUGGCGGCGGCCGAGCCCAGGGAUCCAGCUCAGGUUGUUGGUAUGGAAUGGAGGAUGAGGCGGCAGUUUCUGUGCAACGAAUGUCACUGGGCAAGACUUCAAGUCCAGAUCCAUCCAUUUGGAAAGCUCAGCCCUGUGAGAAGUGUGUCUUGCUUGGGAGAGACAUUUUGUACCUGGCUGAGGACCAAGAAUCACAUCAUGGGCAGAAAUCGUACACCUGUGAGGCAUGUGGGAAACAGUUGUGGUUCAGUGCGAAUCUUCGCCAGCACCAGAAGCACAAUGAAGAGAAGCCAUUCAGAUGGGACAUGGAGUUUGUGACAAGCUACAAAUUGCAUGUGUCAGGGAAGCCUUUCCCCUGUGGGGAAAUUGGGAAGGACUUCCUGGCCAUAUUGAGUCUUCUCCAGCAUCAGGCCACCCUCAAAGGGGCCAAACCGCCCAGCAGCUUUGAACAUGGGGAGUCCUUUCAUGGUAGGAAAAGUCCUCACACAUGCAGUGACACUGGGAAAUCAUUCAGCUAUGAACAUAAACUUUUCCAGCCUCAGCAACUUCACACUAGAGAAAGUUAUCAUGACUGGGAUGACUGUGAGAAACCUUUUAACCAAAGCUCCAUCCUUAGUAAUUGUCAGAGAGCUUACCCAGGAACAAGGUCUUAUGAGUGUAACGAAUGUGGGAAAUCCUUUAGCCAAAGCUACAACCUCAUUCAACACCACAGAAUUCACACUGGUGCAAGGCCUUAUAAAUGCAGCGAAUGUGGAAAAGCCUUCAGCUUCAAAUUCAGACUUGUCCAGCACCUGCAGAUUCACACUAGAGUGAGGCCUUAUGCAUGUGGUGAAUGUGGGAAAGCCUUUAGCUACAGCUCUACUCUCAUUAAACACCAGAGGGUUCACACAAGAGAAAAGCCUUACAAGUGUGGUGAGUGUGGGAAUUCCUUCAGCCAAAGCUCCAACCUCAUUCAACACCAGAAAAUUCACAGUGGAGCAAGGCCCUAUAAAUGCAAUGAAUGUGCAAAAUCCUUCAGCUACAAAUGCAAACUGGUUCAGCACCUGCGCAUUCACACCGGAGAAAGGCCUUAUGAGUGUGGGGAAUGUGGGAAAUCCUUUAGCCACAGGUCCACUCUCAAUCAACACCAGAGAAUUCACACUGGAGCCAGACCUUAUAAGUGCAAUGAGUGUGAGAAAUCCUUUAGCCAAAAGUCCAACCUUAUCCAGCACCGGAGAGUCCACACAGGAGAAAAGCCUUACGAGUGUGGGGAAUGUGGGAAAUCCUUCAGCCAAAGCUCCCACAUCAUUCAACACCGAAAACUUCAUACCAGAUAACCUUGUGAAUGCAAUGAGUGUGGCAAAAUGUUCAUAACCCAGGUCUGUGUUACAUAUGUGCAGCACAUAUAGGUGGAAAACCUUCAUCUACAGGCCUAACCUGGUUGGGUACCAGAAGACCCUGCACAGAAUGUGGUAUAUUUCAUAGAGCAAGACUCACUGUGAGGGAGCCAUCUCCUGGAAAUUGAACAUCACAUCUAUGAACAUCCAACACUGGCAGAUUCCCCAAGACUUGUAGGUUUAUGGGCAAGCUUUCUGGAGCCCUGCAUAGCCCUCUGCUCUGCCAGGUUCCUCAGUGGGUGUAGUAGUCAAGGGAGGUGUUCUCUCUUGACCAUCAUGAAUGAUUGGGGAUGGGGGUUACACAGCAAUUUCUUUCUUCCUCAUUAGGGUUCUGACCCAGUUUUGACAAAGCUAAGGGGUUGAUAAUACUUUUUACCUUCCAGGCCUAGAGUGCCAUGAGAACAGUAUAUUUCUCUUAAGACCACCUUUAGAGCUCCUAGGGGAGUGGUUCUUUUUCUCCAGGGCUGUCAAAUGUUGAGCACUAUUGUGGGGGAGCUAUUCCCCAAAUACUGCAAAGAAAUCAUGUGCCUUCGUGUGUAGGUUCACUUUUCUGGUGUUAUUGUUUGUAAGACUACUUAUAGGGGCCAGGUGAUGUGUACAGAAAUAGGACUGCAGGAAGUGAUGUAUUUGUCUACUGAAACUUGCAUCCCCAGGUGUUCCAGUGACCAUGCCUGUGGUUCAGUUUAUACACUCCACGUGCAUGUUCUUUCUAUAGCUGAGGAACUUGAGGCCAUUGUCAAUCUUAUUUUUCUAGUCUGUCUCAAGGAUAUUACUGCACGGGCAAGAAAAUGGCAAUAGGAUAGAGAUAAAAAUCCUGUUGGUGGGGCCUUGCAGCUUUUUGAUCAGCUGCAGACCCAAAUAGAAAUUAUCUUGAAAUUUUCAGUGAUGCAGGGCAUUGGACUCCUUGUGCAAAAAUAAAAUAAAAUAAAAUAAAAUAAAAUAAAAUAAAAUAAAAUAAAAUAAAAUAAAAUAAAUUGGGGGACCCAAGACCUCUAUUUGAUUUUUAAGUAAAGCUUUAUUGAGGUUAAUUAACAUGCUGUAAAACUGCACAUAUUUAAAGUUGUAUACAAAACUGGAGAUGGUAAAUCUAUAUAAACUCCUUUUCCUUGUGCCCUUUAAAAAACUUCUCCCCCACAGUAAAUUAUUUUGUAUUUUUUA